UUUUUUGUUGCUUCCGGACACGGACUUCUAGAUGAGCAGCAAAGAGAGCGAACAGAUUAAGCUAGAUACAAACGCACCCGGAUUCAAUCGGUUUGCGUCUGCUUACUGGAAAUUGCCGGCUAAACCCGAGACGACAUUCCGCGUGUUUGACAGAACGGACUUCUACACAGUGCAUGACCAGGAUGCUUUGUUUGCCGCAAGAGAAGUAUUUAAGACGAUGAGUGUAGUGAAGUAUUUUGGAUCAGGUGCCAGUAAGCUAGCCUCAGUUGCUCUCAGCAAGACGAACUUUGAGGCUGUGUUGCGCGAUCUUUUGCUUGUCCGUCACUACAGAGUGGAAAUCUACAAAUGCAAGGCAAAGACAAACGAAUGGACACUUGCGUACAAGGCAUCACCCGGCAAUCUUCAGCAGUUUGAAGAUGUUCUGUUUGGUAGCGUUGACAUGUCAUUGUCAUCUGGGGCUCUAGCAGUCAACGUUGGGUCUAAAGACAUGGCCAGAGUUGUUGGAGUUGCGUAUGUUGACGUGUCGUUGAGAAAGAUGCAUGUUUGUGAAUUUGUUGACAAUGAACAAUUUUCAAACUUUGAAGCUACGAUUAUUCAGCUGGGUCCAAAGGAGUGCAUAAUACCUCAUGUUUCUAGUCAAUCAACUGAAAGCAAUAAACUCAAGCAGGUGGCAGAACGAAAUGGUCUGCUUGUGUCUGAGAAGAAAAAAGUGGACUACCACACUAAGGAUAUCAUACAAGAUAUGAACCGGCUUCUGAAGCUGUCGUCAGGCAGUGCUGCAACACUCAGUGAGAUGGAGCUUCAUGUGGCUAUGAGUUCACUUUCUGCUCUUAUCAAAUACUUGGAGCUGUUGUCAGAUGAGAGCAACUUUGGUCAGUUUACACUACAGAUGUUUGACUUGAGUCAAUACAUGAGAUUGGAUGCGUCGGCAGUCCAUGCUCUUGGGUUGCUUCCUCAUCCUGCUGACAGAGGGAAUAAGAAUGUAUCACUGUAUGGUUUGUUAAACAAAUGUAAGACAGCUCAAGGGCAGAGGUUGCUGUAUCAGUGGGUCAAACAGCCAUUGACAGACAAGAACAAGAUUGAAGAGAGACUGAACCUUGUUGAAGUUCUAGUUGACGACACGGGGUUAAGAUUGAAUCUACAGGAUGAACACCUAAAGCGAUACCCAGACUUUUACAGACUUGCGAAACGACUUCAGAGACAGAGAGCCAAUCUACAAGACUGUGUUAAAGUAUAUCAAGGUCUCUCCAGACUACCUGUAGUUGUUGCUGCACUGGAAAAUUAUUCAGGGAAAUACAGCUGUCUUGUCCAUGAAGUGUUUGUUGGUGAAUUAAAGGAAUUGUGCGAAGACUUUCAGAAGUACUUGGAUCUAGUUGAGACAACUGUCGAUCUGACUCAGGUUGAAAAUCAUGAAUUUCUCAUUAAACCCGAGUUUGAUGAAUCUCUUCAAGAUACUCGUGAUAAGAUGGACGAUAUUGCAAGCAAGAUGCCUUCUGUUUUAAACAAGGCUGCAAGAGAGUUGAAACUCGAGCCUAACAAGUCAAUUAAGUUAGAGUGCAACAGUCAGUUGGGUUAUUUUCUUAGAGUCACUAAAAAGGAUGAGAAGUCUCUUCGAGGAAACAAGUCAUUUACUUCUAUUGACACGAAUGCUCGUGGUGUUCGUUUCACGUGUUCUAGUCUACGUCAGUUGAAUGACGAGUUUCUCAGACUGAGAGAGAGUUAUAAUGAAUUGCAGUCUCACUUAGCAGCAGAAGUUAUCAAAGUGGCCGCUGGAUACUGUGACCCUCUACAGUCUCUCAAUGACAUCAUUGCUCAUCUGGACGUUCUCGUCAGUUUUGCUCACGUUGCUGCCAAUGCUCCUAUACCAUAUGUGAGACCAACAAUUCUUGAGAAAGGUUCUGGCAUUAUUGACAUUAAGGGCUCUCGGCAUGCGUGUCUCGAAGUUCAAGAUAACAUCAGUUUUAUAUCUAAUGAUGCCACUUUUAACAAAAAAGAGAGAAUGUUUCAUCUUAUAACUGGUCCAAACAUGGGUGGAAAAUCAACCUACAUUCGACAGGUUGGUGUUGUUGUGCUUAUGGCACAACUUGGCAGUUAUGUGCCAUGUUGGGAGGCCACUAUCACUAUUGUUGAUUCUAUUCUUGCUCGAGUUGGUGCUAGUGACAGUCAGCUGAGAGGAAUCUCAACUUUUAUGGCAGAAAUGCUGGAAACAGCUUCAAUAUUAAAAAGUGCUACCAUGGAUUCAUUGAUCAUCAUUGAUGAGCUUGGCCGUGGAACAUCAACUUACGAUGGAUUUGGUUUAGCAUGGGCUGUCUCUGAGUACAUCUCAACGAAACUGCAGGCAUUUGGCAUGUUUGCUACUCACUUUCACGAAUUAACUGAAUUGGCACAAGUGGUUCCUUGUGUUGUAAACAGUCACGUUACAGCUAUGACCACAGAUUCAACUCUAACUCUUCUGUACAAAGUCAAACCUGGUGCUUGCGAUCGGAGCUUUGGUAUCCAUGUAGCAGAACUUGCUCAUUUUCCAUCACAUGUGAUUCAGUUUGCUAAGCAGAAAGCUGAAGAUCUGGAAGGGACUCAUGGAUUUUGGGAUGUUGCAGAUGAUGCUGUUCCUGCUGCUAAACGACAAAAAACUGAGAAAGAGGAAGGACUUGAGAUAAUCCGGGACUUUCUUGACAAAGUCAAAGUAUGCGUGCAGUCAUGUAAUGCUGAGACGGAUUUUGGGAAAGAAAUGUUGAAGUUGAAAGAUGAAGUACUUGACAGCCAAAAUUCGUUUAUACGGUUCUUACUAAAAGGCCAUUCAGUCUGAAUCUGAAUUCAGUUAGACUGUAUUGUGGGAAACAGUGCUGUAAGUUUGGAGAGAUAAUUUAAAAAUAAUGUGACACAACUGUAUGUGUAUUGUCUACAGUAAUGAGUAUACAGGCUGUUGUUUCAUAACAAA